AUGGAGAAUCAACAACAAGAGGAAGAGUUAAUUCGGAAAUCAGAUUCCACAGAAUCAAUGAUUUCAGUCACUAUCGGCAGAGCUAUUAGUACUCUCCUCAGUUCUCGAACUAAAAAGCUUCACCACUCCAUUUCUGGCCUCUCUCUCGACUCUACCAACAAAAAGCCUUCUCUCGGUUCGUUGGAGGAUUCGCUUUGGUUUUUACACAAAUACGUUAAAGACGCGAUUGAGAGACACGAGAACUUGGACCAGAUUCUAUUUCCUAUUAUUCAACAUUGUUUGAGGAAUGUGAAUUGGAAGCAUGGAGGACAAGCUAUGAUAAUAAUGAACUGGUUAUUUCAAGAUGAAUUUGUUUUCGAAGCUGUUGCUGCGGAUUUGGCUAAUAUUAUUAUGAGGAAAGAGGAUCGGUAUCUUGCGCUUGGUUGGUGUAUUCUUGUUCGCGGUUUAGUGGAGUAUGAGAAUUUUAUGGAGCAAUAUACACUAAAUGGAAUAAGAGAUAACUAUGAUGCGUUUUUGAAGAUACUUUGCUCGGGUAUCCCGCAUUUGGUUUGCAUAGUGUGCAAUGGAAGCACUUUGAAGGAUGGAAUUGAGUUGCCUUCUCGCCUUUCAGUGUCUGCUGCAGAUUGUAUUUUAUCUAUCACAGAAGCAUUGACAAAAAAGACCAAGGUUGCAAGUAACAAACCAAAAUUACUGAAUUCAAAUGCAUCACACACUAUUAGUUUGGCACCAGCUGCCAGCAAAGAGAAGAAAGUGAAACCAUCUGAAUCAUCAGAAGUGUUUAAUAUUGAAAUGGCUUACUUACUUUGGAAGCAAAUGGAAGGAAUUAUCACACUGUUACAGAGACUUUUCGCUUGGAGCUGCAAAAGUAGGCCUUUACAUGCUAAAGGGGUGGAGCAAGUUCUUAAAUGGUUAAAAGAGAUAAAAGCACACUAUGGUCACAUUGAAAAUGAGGCAGGUGGAAACAUUCUCAAAACUGGAGCCUUGCUACUCUCUUCAUGUUGGAAGCACUAUAGCACUCUAUUGCACCUGGAAGACAAUAGAUUUUCUCAGCAUUGCAAUGAUUUAUUAAAUCAGUACAUAUCAGGAAUCCAGUAUUAUACGGACAACCAUACUGAGGGGCAUACAGAGAACAAGGAUGGUGGUCUAGAGACUAGAAAAUUUUUCCUGAGUUGUCUAUGCCUUCUUUUGGGACGUUUAGACAACAAGAAAUUUGAAACCGCAUUGUCAGAUUAUGGUUUACAAAUAUCCCAAGUUCUUUUGUCACAGCUCCACUGUGCUGAUGAAGAUGUGAUAGAGCGUGCUGUUUGCAUACUUAAAGCAAUCAUAUUAAAACCAAAUCAUUCAUCUGGAAAUGGUCUGACUGACAGUAGACAGAUGGAUGCUGUGCUACCUUUGUUACUGCACCUUCUGGAUGAGCGGGAUGGCACAGCUAGGGCUGUUGUGAUACUUAUAGCAGAAUACUGCUCAAUGAGCACUGACAGUAACUGCCUUAAACAAGUUCUAAGGCGCCUUGCUUCCGGAAAUGCUUUGCACAGGAGGAAUGCCAUUGAUGUUAUAUCAGAACUUGUUUCCAUAUCAUCAAAUUCAGCAAACAAAAUUUCUCAUUUUGCGUGGCAAGAUAUAGCAAACAACUUGUUAGAACGCCUUACUGAUGAAGAAACUGUAAUUCGUGAACUGGCAUCCAACUUGCUCUCCAUAAUUGACCCAUCAUUUGUUUUGCCUACAUUGGUUCACCUUGUGUGCUCAUCAGCAGGGAAGCAAUCAUCUGCUAGUGCUUGCUUUAGUGCCAUGCUCAAAUACCAUAGUCCUAGACCAGAAGUUAUAUGCUUGCUGAUCGAUUGUCUUAGCAACCUUAGUAAAAGCCCAGAUCCUUCAAAAACUGCAGGAGAUGUAGGGGAAGGAUCAAAAGUGGACAUUGAUCGAGUGCUCAAGUUGAUCCCAGAGUGGUCUAAAACCGUUCAAGACUGGAAUCCCUUGAUUGGACCUUUAAUUGACAAGAUGUUUUCUGAGCCAACAAAUGCAACUAUUGUUCGGUUUUUGAGUUAUAUAAACGAACAAUUGGCAGAAGCUGCAAAUGAAAUCUUCCAUCUUGUUCUUUUGCAGAUGAAGGGACAGAAAGAAAUUGAUGAAGGCUUCCUAUCCAUGUGGGAUAUCAAAACAUAUACAAACGAGGACUCUGUGAAAAUGCAACAAUCUCUCUUUCAGCGCCUUUGUCCACUACUUAUUAUAAGGCUGCUUCCACUGAGAGUUUUUAAUGACCUCAGUUCAUCUGUUCUAUAUGGUCAACUUCCUAGUCAAGGCAUUGCUCAUGUUUCAGAAUGUGGAGAUGUCAACAUUAUUGACGAAGAGUGUGUAGCUGCAUUGCUUCUAAAGAGAGCAUUUAAUAAGUACGAAUUUGAAGAUGUAAGAAAACUUGCUGCUGAGCUUUGUGGCCGUAUUCAUCCCCAGGUGCUCUUACCAAUUGCUUCAUCCAUAUUAGAACAUGCUGCUGUUUCUCGUGAUUUAUUAAGGAUAAAAGCAUGCUUGUUUUCAGUUUGCACUUCUCUCGUGGUUAGAGGUUUGGAUUCAAUUUCUCAUCCUGCUAUUCUGAAAAUAAGAAAAAUGCUGGAAACUAUUCUAUUAUGGCCUUCAUUAGAUGGAGAUGAAGUUUCCAAAGCACAACAUGGUUGCAUUGAUUGUCUGGCACUUAUGAUAUGUGCUAAGCUGCAAGCUCCUGCAUCAGUUAAGGAAUCCUCAAAGAACUUAGGCACUGCUGGGAAGACCAGUUACUGUGGGAAUGCUGCCUCAGGAAACUGCGUCCUCUCAUAUGUAAUCAAUCUACUUAUAAAUGAUGAAAAUGAACUGGUUUCUGCCUCCAUGUUGGGUAGGGAGAACUCUGCAUUUGAGGCACCAACCACUCAUUCUUUUCGUGUCUGUAUGGCCAACAUUCUUAUCAGUGCUUGCCAGAAGAUCUCAGACUCUGGCAAGAAACCUUUUGCUCAAAAAACAGUUCCACGUCUGAUUCAAGCUGUUGAGGGCAUACUGCACCCAGACAUCAGAGCUGCUUGCAUCCAGGUUCUGUUUUCAGCUGUUUACCAUCUGAAGUCUGCAGUUCUUCCUUAUUCGUCUGAUCUCCUAAACCUCUCUCUCAAAUUUCUUAGCCGAGGGUCAGAGAAGGAGAGGUUGGCAGGUGCAAAGCUAAUCGCAUCUCUUAUGGCUAGUGAAGAUGUGAUUGUGAGAAGUAUAUCAGGCGGGUUGCUAGAAGCAAGAUCUGUGCUCUCAAGUGUAUCUUUUUCAGAUUCUUCCCUUGAAUUACAACAAAUAUGCCAAAAGUUGCUAGCUUGCUUAGCUCCCCCUGAAGUCUUGUGA